CAAAAUGGCAGCUUCCACAAAAAGUCACGCUGUUAGCAAAGAGUUACCAAAACAUAUAUCACUUGAUCCAGAUAAGCAGAAAGAAUUUGAGACUAAAGUAAAAGCGGUAAAGAAAAAGAAAGACAAUGCGAGCUUGACUCCUGGUGUUGUUUACCUCGGACACAUUCCCCAUGGGUUUUAUGAGAAGGAGAUGACAUCUUUUUUCUCACAGUUUGGAAGAGUUACCAGACUGCGUCUUGCUAGAAGCAAAAAGACUGGGGCUUCCAAAGGAUAUGCAUUUAUUGAAUUCAGGAGCGAAGACGUGGCUAAGAUAGUUGCUGAGACGAUGAACAACUACCUGAUGUUUGAGAAACUCCUGAAAUGUCAAUUUGUAGAAAAGUCGAUUCAUGAUGAAACAUUCAAAGGGUGCAAACGUCGCUUCCGACUUCCCAAAGCUCAUCUGAUUUCCAAGCGAAGGCACAACACUGUGAAAUCUGCAGCAAAAGAAAAAGCCACCAGGAACAGGUUUAUGAAGAAACAGAAAAAACGCUUCGAAAAGUUGGCAAAAAUGGGCAUCGACUACAAGCUAGAGGACAUAACCCUUGUGAAAAAAACAUCAAGUGAAUCGGACGAAGUGGAAUCGGCUAAAUCGAUGAAGACAUCUCCAGAACUCGACACAUCACUCAAAUUGAACACAUCUGCGGAACAGAAUGCAACACCCAAACUGAAGACAACAACACUGACACCCAAAAGUGCGAGCACUCCUAAAGGAGCCCUCCCAUCUCCUCAGAUGGAUGCCAGUGAUGAGGAGAUCUCCUUUAAGACUCCUCCAAGCUCGGUGAAGUCACCAGCGAAGGUUGCUGUCAAAAACAGCUGGAAAAACUUAAAACGCCUUUCGAAGGCGAUGCCCACUCCCGAGACUGUGAAAGUUGGUGACGGAGGAGAGGUCCAGGUGUUGAAGGAGGAUAGUAGUGAUGAGGAGAUCUCCUUCAAGACUCCUCCAAAUUCGGUGAAGUCGUCCAAACUGCGUCGGACGUCCAGCGGUUCUGUGUUAAUAAAAGAAGACACACCGAGGUCAUCCCGCUCUGGGACGCGGAUGAUGGAAAAAAAACUGGAUGAAAAUAAAUCAUUGGCCUUAAAGAAAUCGUCAGGCUCGAAGAAAACAAAACUAGGUGUUGAGAAAUCGUCAUCAGUGUUAAAAAUGAAGAAAGCGCUGGCGUCAAACUUGAAGAAAACUGGUUUGAAAAGUUCAAAAAGAUUGAAGAAGUGAAUGUCUAAAACUUAAUUGUUUGAUGAAAAUUUAAAUUAAUGAAACUGUCCUGUAUUAAAAUGUGUUCAUGUUUGUAUUGUUUCAUGAAAAUUUAAAUUAAUAAAACUGUCAUGUAUAUAAAAAAAAUCAUGUUUUGGGGAAUAAAGAAUAGUCACUU